UUUCUAUAUAAGAUCUGUUGUAAACUCAGGAUGUAGUAUUCCUACAUCAUCUCUAUUUCAUAUAAACCGAAACGAGAACAACUCCCCCUACUACAAAUAAACAAUGUCGCUUGAUAGCAUCACAAAAGACAUGAAAGACUCAAUCAAUGUACAAACUACGGACCGUGUCGAAUCUUUAAACGGUGAUCACACUCAUGUUGCCGGUAUUCGUGACGAUCUGAUUAUUGCCGAUGGAGAAAAAGAUAUCAAUAAAUUCGUCUGGUAUUUAUCAUCUAUUGCAGGAGUUUCUGGUUUCCUUUAUGGUUGGGACACAGCUGUUGUCGGCGGUGCGUUGGCAAAUAUCGGAGAUGCUCUUGGCCAUAAUCUGAACUCAGUCGAAACAGAAUGGGCAGUUGCUUCACUUUCCGCAGGUGGCAUUCUUGGGACGUUAAUCGGAGGUUCGCUAUCCGAUAAGAUCGGUCGGAAAGCUGUUCUUAUUAUUGGUGAUGUCUUUUUCAUUUUAGGUGGAAUUUUGAUUUGCGCUUCAUUUUCACUUUCUCAAUUUAUCGUUGGAAGAAUUUUAAUGGGUGGUGGAGCGGGUAUCGCAACGGUCGUAUGUGCAGUCUAUCUCGGAGAAGUAGCACCAAGUAUGCAUAGGGGUAGGAUCGUUGCUGUUCAGAGUGUAAUGAUUACUGGCGGUCAACUUUGUGCUUAUGCAGUCAGUGCUGGGUUGGAAAACAUCUUUAACGGAUGGCGAAUUUUGUUUGCUUUAAGUCUUCCAUUUGCUAUGGUUCAAGGUAUUGGAAUGCAUUGGUUACCCGAGACACCUAGAUUCGCCGUUCUAGCCGGCAACAUUGCAAAUGCGCAAAAAACUCUACGGGCAAUUUAUCCAAGAGCAACAGAAGAUCAACUGAACAAAAAGUUACAUGCCAUUCAAGCAGCAACAGAAGUAUCCGUGUCUCUUAAAGCAACCCAUCCAACCUUUAUGGGACGCCUACUUGCCAUUUGCACAACACCUACAUACCUACGUUGCAUAACGUGUGCAGCCGUGGUCUUUUUAGGACAACAAUUAUCUGGAUGGAAUUCGUUUUUGUACUAUUCCAGUACCCUUUUUGGCGCUGCUGGUUUUACGAACACUUCGGCUGUCGGUAUUUUGGUUGCAGGUAUAAAUUGUAUUUUUACAAUCAUUUCAAUGUUUUCUAUGGAUCGUGUCGGUCGUCGAAGGAUGUUUCUCAUUGGUGUACCUAUUAUGACCGUCGCUCUCGCUAUUGCUGCAGUUGCAUUCCACUAUAUGACUAUCAGCACAAACGGUCAAUUAUUAGACGGUCAAGACUAUCCACAAAAAUGGGUUGGACUGAUGCUUGGCAUGAUGUGCUUUUUCAUUGUGGGUUAUGCUCCCUCUUUGGGAACGAUUGCUUAUACUACAAUAGAGCUUAUUCCACUCGAAGUUCGUGGUAUCGGAUCAGCAAUUGCAGUUGCAUUUCAAUGGGCAGGAAAUCUUAUCAUCAGCUCUACGUUCCUUACCAUGCUCAAAUCAAUGGGUGCUGCCGGAACAUACGGUCUAUUUUCUGGUCUUUGUUUCCUUACUUUUAUCUUUAUCUUCUUUUGCUAUCCUGAAUCCGCUGGACUAACAUUAGAAGAGACUGGCACGCUCUUUAUCGAUGGGUUCGAAGUCAAGAAAGCCGAUCAAAUUCGAAAAGCCAAGCGAAGCAAGAACGAUUUGGAGUCAGCCGAAUCUAGUAAUAUGAAUAAUAUGACGGAGCUUUGA